UUGGUUCGCAGCCGAAACUGAUCGACCCUCCCAUUUACAAACUCUCUGAUCUAAAGUGACAGUUGCAGUUUCUGCCGCUGUCUUUGAUUCCUGGCAAAUGGGUUUGCGUUUGCAUGUUUUGCGCUGAUAAUUAAAGAACCUCUUUCGAUCGCUCCUCUAUUUACCUUCAACUUUUGAAGCUCCUCAGUCUCAUCAACUGGGUUUAGGCAAAUUCAACUUCGUUAUUAUCGUACUUCUGCUAGUUGAAGUGUGUCUCGAAAUAUACUAGAUAAAAGGCUUUUGGUAACGGCUGGGAUUUUGAAUAAAGAAACAGCUGAAGAAAAAGGAUUGGUAAAGCAGCAAGAAACAAUGGCUUCUACAACUAAUUGGCUAUCUUUCUCGCUGUCCCCGUUGGAAAUGCUGAGGUCUUCCGAGUCUCAGUUCCUGAGCUAUGAGAGCUCUUCCACUGCUUCUCCCCAUUACUUGAUCGACAGCUUCUAUGCAGACGGCUGGGCUACCCCGAAGCCGGAAGUCUUCUACACAGAAGGAGAAGAAAGCCAAGCCAAAGAAGCUCAUGCGCAAAGCUUAGCGGAUUCAUCUAUUUUCACGAGCUUCAUUGACACGCAAAGCCAAAACCAGCCAAUUCCAAAGCUCGAGGACUUUCUCGGCGACUCCUCGUCGAUGGUUCGGCACUCGGACAGCCAAACUGAGACCCAGGACUCGUCCCUGACCCAAAUCUACGACCAGGGCACAGCAUACUUCAACGAGCAGCAAGAUAUAAAAGCAAUCGAUGGGCUCAAAGCCAUCUCAAAUAUCUCAGGCUCCAACGUGGCUGACUCGGCGUCGGUGGCGGCCAGGGCCCAGAAGGUCACUUGUGCCGAGUUUGCGUGUCAUAAUCCGAACGAGUCAUCAGGGAACGAAUUGGACUUCACAAACUGUGCCAAGGGAGCUCUGGCACUCGGGGUCGCUCAGCGGUCUGAGAAGACCCUUGUCUCGGUUGAGUCUGAUAGAACUAAGAAGAUAGCUGAUACUUUCGGUCCGAGAACUUCAAUCUACAGAGGAGUCACCAGACACAGGUGGACGGGUAGAUAUGAAGCUCAUCUAUGGGAUAACAGCUGUAGAAGAGAGGGGCAGGCUAGGAAAGGGCGUCAAGUAUACCUGGGUGGAUAUGACAAGGAAGAAAACGCCGCAAGAGCUUAUGAUUUAGCAGCCCUCAAAUACUGGGGUCCUACUGCAACUACCAACUUUCCCGUUUCGAAUUACACCAAAGAAUUGGAGGAAAUGAAACAUGUAACCAAACAAGAACUCAUUGCAUCUCUGAGAAGGAAAAGUAGCGGUUUUUCAAGGGGAGCCUCUAUAUAUAGGGGUGUGACAAGGCAUCAUCAACAGGGUCGAUGGCAAGCAAGGAUAGGCCGGGUUGCCGGAAACAAAGACCUAUACCUUGGAACCUUUGCCACUGAAGCGGAAGCAGCAGAGGCAUAUGAUAUUGCAGCCAUAAAGUUUAGGGGUGCAAGUGCUGUGACCAAUUUUGAGAUGAGCAGGUAUGAUGUGGAAGCCAUUUCCAAGAGUUCUCUGCCUGUUGGUGGGGCAACAAAGCGCUUGAAGCUCUCACAAGAAUCAGAACAGAAACCAUUCAUAAACCCUACUCAGCAAGCCCAGCGCAGCAGUACUGGCAGCAACAGCAUCAAUUUUGCUUCCAUUCAGCCACUUCCUGCCAUUCCUUGUGGAAUUCCAUUUGAUGCAGCAACAGCACUCUAUCAUCACCACCUCUUCCAGCACCUUCAACCCAGAAACACCAGCACUUCAAACAUUGCAACUCCAACCAAUAUAUUUCCACCACCACCACCACAAGCCGAGUUCCUCUUAUGGCCUCACCGCUAUUACUGACAUGAGACCAAGAUAGCCAACUAAGCUAGCUCUUGUUGUGGCACUGCCGAAGCUGACGCAUCUGACCUUUUAAUUCACAGUUUUCACUCUAAUUCACCUCUUGAUCUGGGGCUAGCCAGAGGUUAGGGGUUUUUUGUCAGAAGGUUGAAGUUCUAGUUACUGUAGGAAGCUGGAUUUUGUAGCCAAAAUAUUAGUAGUCAAUGAAUAUCUGAAUGGGGCACCCAUCUAGUGUGACAGUAUUUUUACAAAGGUAUUUUAUAUGUAGCAUU